AUGUUUACGCUUGUGAACUGGCUCCAUGGCGCAUCAGUAGUUCCUUGUUACUUCGUCGUCGGCGACUCGAAGAUCAAUAAUGGAAACAACAACAACAUCAAGACAGCUGCCAAGGCAAACUACCCAUCGCAAGGGAUCGACUUUCCCAGACGGUCCAAUCGGAAGGAUAAGUGUCUUGCUAGUAGUACAGCACUGAUGCCUGCACAAUUUUUAUUUGUUCCUACAGUUCAGUGCUUGGGCUUCGACAGGUUUAUUCUCCCCCCUGCGAAUGCAAGCGACGAAGAUAUACUCAGAGGACUAAAUUAUGCGUCAGUUGGUGCUGGAAUUUUGGAAGAAACUGGGAAGACAUUGCUUGGUAGAACAUUUCUGGCCUCUAGAAAUGUCUCACUUUUAUAUGAAGCACCAACAUAG